AUGGAUCAUACUAUAGCUGUACAAGAAAUUUCGGCACGGGUAGCUGACUUCCACAGUCGCAAGCAACCAUUUCGUAUAUAUCAUGGGGCCACCAACAGUACUCGUCCCUCCAACCGAUCUCUCUCCAACACCGUCAGCACAGAACCCCUGACCCGCGUCCUCAACAUCGAUACCAACAAAUGUACAGCUAUAGUUGAACCCAAUGUCUCUAUGGAUGCCUUGGUGGCUGCCACCAAAGCCCACGGUUUAGUCCCGUUAGUGGUUGUCGAAUUCCCCAACAUCUCGGUUGGCGGCGGAUUCUCGGGGACAUCGGGGGAGAGCAGCUCUUUCCGCGAAGGAUUCUUCGACCAUACGGUCAAUUGGAUUGAAAUUGUUCUGGCGGAUGGUCAGGUGGUGAAGGCAUACAACGAUCGUGUCGAGACAGGCUCGGAACAGGCGGAUAAGCACUCGGACUUGUUCUGGGGUACGGCUUCUUCUUUCGGGACCUUGGGUGUGGUCACGCUAUUGGAAAUCCGAUUGAAAAAGUCACAGCCUUUGGUUGAGUUGAAAUACUAUGUCAAUUCCAAUAUGAACGACGCGGUGCGGGUCUUCGAGGAGGCUAGUGCUGAUCCGAGCACGGAGUAUCUGGACGGAAUUGUUUAUGCAAGGGAUAAGAUUGUUGUUUGUGCUGGAAGACAAGUUGAACAGAGUUCUAAUGUAAAGCCUCGAUACUUUACUCGUCGACAAGAUGAUUGGUUCUAUUUGCACGCCGAACGAAUUGCUCAGUCCAGGAUCUCCAAGAUCUCCGACCGAGAUAUUUUCCCUUGCACGCCAGAUGCAGUGGAGUACAUUCCUCUGACUGACUAUCUCUUCCGUUAUGAUCGAGGUGGUUUUUGGGUUGCCCGUUAUGCUUUCCGCUACUUCUGUGUUCCAUUCACCUUUAUCACGCGCUGGCUUCUCAACCGAUUCAUGCACACCAAGGUGAUGUAUCAUGCUCUCCACGUCAGCGGACUCGGGCGUCGAUAUAUCAUCCAAGAUGUCGGUGUACCGAUAUCCACUGCAGCAGAGUUCUUGGACUGGCUGGACCGCCCUGAAAACUUCGGCCAAUAUCCGCUUUGGCUCUGUCCGUUACCACCAGGAAGCGCCGGUGGGUUGGAAGGACAGCCGGCAAUUGCGGACAAGGGAGGCAAUGUGGGUUCACAGAAGUCACAACUCCUCAACUUUGGAAUCUGGGGACCUGCUACUACCACCGAUCCGGCCGGAUUUGUGGCUCAGAAUCGACAGCUUGAACACAAGGUCCACAGCCUUGGAGGAAAGAAGUGGCUAUAUGCACAUACUUACUAUACAGAAGAUGAGUUCUGGAACAUCUACAACAAGCCCGCGUAUGAUUCUUUACGGGCCAAAUACCAUGCACAGCAUCUUCCAUCUCUGUAUGAAAAGGUCCGAGUGCAUGAAUCCGAUCUUCCUGGUCCGCAUCGGGGAGAGUUUGAGAGUGGGUGGAAGGGAUCGAUCAAACGUGCCCUUUGGGAUGUCUGGCCAUUUUGUGGUCUUUAUGGGGUUUACAAGGCUUGGAGGGGAGGAGACUAUCUAUUGCAGAAAGAGUCUCCUAAGAAGAAGGCCGAUUGA